CCCUGUGUGUAAGCGUUUUUACCAGGCUGUUUGUUGCAGUGACUCACUGCUUACUCUGACUGUCACGCCCAACUUUCUUGUCACAGAUCUAAACCGACUAACAGAUAAGUGUUUAACUAAUGCUCAAGGCAAGUUUGCUCCUGUAAGUCCCUUAUCAAACAACCGUCACACUCUUAGAUCCUUUCAGCAGGUUUAGAAAAUAAAAUAUAUCUUUUCUUUUCUGUUGGAUAUAGGAGUGAUGUGGGAACCACCUGUUCUGUGUAAAAGACAAGAAAAGAAAACAUUCGAUAUAGGGAAGAAACAAAACAUCUGGUAAAUGGAAGCCAUGAAGAUAUCAAAGCGGUUCUUUGCUUUUGGGAUUUUGGCAUGCAUAGCUAUUUAUGUUGCGUACAUAAAAUGGCACUUGGAUUCCAAACCAGUCGUGGGAGCAACAGAAGGAGUUGCUGAAAGCAGGGGAGACAAACUGAACCAUCAGGCGCUGACCACAGAUCUCUCGGUCUUUUAUGGAAUUAUGUUUGACGCAGGAAGCACAGGAACUCGCAUCCAUAUUUUUAAAUUUACACAGCAGCCAAAAGAGACUCCCAAAUUAACCCAUGAGACGUUUAAAGCACUGAAGCCAGGCCUGUCCGCAUAUGCCGAUGAUGUUGAAAAGAGUGGUCAGGGAAUAAAAGAGCUCCUGGAGGUGGCAAAGAAGGAAGUUCCUGUGGAGCUGUGGAAGUUUACUCCUCUGGUCCUGAAAGCCACAGCUGGCCUACGGUUGCUGCCAGGAGAGAAAGCUCAGAAGUUGCUGGAUAAGCUUUUAUUUGAACUACAGGUGAAGGAGAUUUUUCAGGCCUCCCCCUUCUUCGUGAGGGACAACUGCGUGUCGAUAAUGAACGGAAGUGAUGAAGGUAUUUCAGCCUGGAUCACAAUAAAUUUUUUAACAGGUAGCCUAGAUGAUCCGCAGAAGAGAAGUGUAGGGAUGCUAGAUUUGGGUGGUGGAUCAACACAGAUCACCUUCCUUCCACGUACCGAGGCAACUCUCCAGUCAUCACCAGCUGGCCAUACAACUUCAUUUCAGAUGUUUAACAGCACCUACAAGCUGUAUUCCUACAGCUACCUGGGACUCGGGCUGAUGUCAGCAAGGCUCGCCAUUUUGGGAGGAGUUGAGGGAAAACCUUUAGGAGAAGGGGAGGAAUUGAUCAGCCCUUGUUUACCACCUGGCUUCAAAUCGGAAUGGCAACAUGCUGAGAUAGUGUACAAAAUUAAAGGACAGAAGGCAGGUGAGCCUCUGUAUGAAUCUUGUUCUAACAAAGUGGCAAAGAUGCUCUACAAGAAAGUGCAUAAAGCUGAGGAAGUGAAGGACUUGGAUUUUUACACUUUCUCCUACUACUAUGACCGUGCGGCAGAGGUUGGUCUCAUAGAUAAAGAAAAAGGAGGAAGUUUAACCGUCGGUGACUUUGAAAUUGCAGCUAAGUAUGUAUGUAAGACCAUGGAAAUCAGCCCCGGAAGCAGCCCUUUUCUCUGCAUGGACCUCACGUACAUCACCCUCCUCCUGCAAGAACUGGGCUUCCCGAAGAGCCAAGUCUUUAAGCUUGCCCGGAAAAUUGACAAUGUUGAAACGAGCUGGGCGUUGGGAGCCACUUUUCAUUACAUCGAUUCACUCAAUAGACUGCAGUACUAAAGCUCCUUGAAGGUGACUUUUGGGAAUCUCCGUUUUUGGAAGCCCAGCAUGGGAGGAUCUGUCGAAGGGCCUGCUUUUGCCUUCCGGAGUCCUUUGGGAGGUCAUCACAAACUCGGCCCCUUUCCUCCCACCCUCUGUCAAGUCUCCUCCAUCACUAGCUCUUUUUUACAGUGCAGAGUGCAGUACCUAAAGAAUAAGCCUUGAUCUGACAGCAUCUGCAGUCAGCUUGAUGUAAAACUUGAUCAUUGUUGAAGGAAAAGCAGGACUCCGCAGGACAUCUAUGAUCUCUAUGAGACAAACACACCUUUUUGGAAUAUGCCUGUGCUAUGUGGUGAAGUCGCUGUAGGAAACGGUGGCUCCAGAAGGAACUCUUUAUCGUCCUGAUUUCAGGGUCUUUUUUCCUCUUUGUCAGCAGUUUUCAGUGAUGAUUUUUAUUCCACUCUUUCCGUGUUUGAAUGUGAACUUGUGUGUGUGUGUGCGAAGACAUUGCAUUUACACAGGUGUGCUGCUGACAGGCAGCAGCUUGGAAAUGCAGCGUGGAAGUCUCGGCUCUGCUUUCCGCUGGAAAAGCUCAGGAGCACUCUAGAAACUGGAUAUGGACUUAGAGGCGUGACUCAGAGCCUAUAUGCCCUGUAGGGUUAAAGCCUACAGCCUAACGUUGGUCCCCUGGCUGUUGGGAGAUGGAUGGUGGAAGACAACACCAGGUUUGCUGGAUCGAGAUGAGCAAGACCUGGGAGUUGGGGUACAGGGCUACCGAUGGAUUUGACGGUUCUAGAGUCGGUCAGGGUAAGAUCGAUGAACAAGAGGCUGCAAAAAUAAACCCUCGGCACGGCUUAUUGGACCUCACAGACAUUUGUGCCUUGGCAAGGUUGCCGCAGGGCCGGGGAUGAAUGUGUUUACGUGGUGGUUUGGGUGCCGCUUCCUGCAGACGCAUCUCACUUUGAUAAAUGAAUGUAUUGUGGUUGCACGGAGCCGCGGCAGGGGAGCUGCAAUGCACCACUCCGACGGCACAUGGGCUGGAAGUCAUCUCGGAGGCAGCGGGAGCCGGAGAGGAUGUGCCGCACUAUCUGUAAUCUAACUGUGGAAUCACAUUGUAUUUGUAUGGAUGUUCAGAGCAGACCCAAGUGGUCUUUUGGGGGUGCUAAAGACCCCGGCCUCCCGGAGAGCCGGCAGUGCGUGCCCCGAGUCGUGGGCUCAUGGCCACAGCCUCAUCCUUUCCCUGGGGCAGCGAGAGGUGGUACGGUGGCGUGCGGUGCUGCAUGGCUGCUGGCUCUGCAGCCGCGUGUCCAGGGGACACUUGAACCCCGCUGUACUGACAAUAAACCCCUUAAUUUAAA